AUGGCCAAUGAAGAAGGAGUUCACUUCAGUUCCGAAGAAGCAACUUCAGCGAGUACGGUAUAUGCAUCGGAAUCUAAUAUCGCCCCAGAGAAUAUCGACGAACUGGCGGGAAAUAUUGAUCGUGAUGUUGGCCUGACUAUCUUCUUGAGAGUUGUCAAGAAUUUCUCUACCGUCUGGUUUACCAUUUGUAUGGACACAGGGGCUCUAAGCAUUAUUCUACAUCAAUUUCCUCACCCAUCACACUGGACGCGAGUAUGUAGCACUAUACUUUUCGUGACCGACCUUGUCCUUUUCCUCAGCUUUGGCACCAUCUACCUGCUCAAAUGGACGAUGUUCCACGAAUUCACUUUGGACCACGUUCGGAAGGACUCCGAGGAAAUCGCCUUGCAAGCAUGCCCGGCGAUUACUUGGUUGACCUUGGUCACACAAGUACAGCUUACAUGCGCCCAAUCUUGGGGCUAUGGCUUCACCAUUCUAGCGUUUGUCAUGUGGUGGAUAGGCCUUGUUUGGGUUUUUACCAUCUGCAUCCUAUUGUACCUGCACAUGAUGAAGCAUCCUUCAGGUCUUCUCGUGGAUAGAUGGCUUCCUACGGCGGUGUUCAUUCCCGUUGUCGGAACUCUAACUGUUGCGAACACCGCCGGAGUGAUGGUUAACAACUCAAACAACGCCACCUAUCUUCCAGACUCGCUUGCCAUACCACUGAUUCUUCUCGGAUUUGUUUGUGCUGGAUUCGCCAUUGGGCUAGGCCUCGUGAUGUACGCGAUAUAUUCUCAUCGACUGUUUACGAGCGGAUGGCCCCCAGCCUUGAAAAUUCCCGCCAUGAUUCUAACGAUCGGACCUUGUGGCCAGUCAGCAAGUGCUCUGAUUCAAUUAGGCAACGCCGCCGUCGCCCACCAGAACGUCGCUCGUUACGCAAAGGGCCACUUCUUGAGUGAAAAUUCAGCUGAGAUCAUCCGUGUUAUGUGCAUCGUGACUGCACUUUUGCUCCUCGGGUUUGCUGUAUUCUGGAUCAUAGUCGACUACUACGCCAUUAUUGAAGGCUUGAUCUCUCGACAAAUCCACCCCAGCUUGUUUUGGUGGUCGAGUAUUUUCCCCUUGGGUACAGUUGUUACGGCGCUCUCGGGACUCGGCUCCGCCAUGGACUCGCCAACAUUUAGGAUCUGCGCGAUUAUACUGGCCGUUUUCCUAUUCUCUGUCUACUUUGUCAACGCCUCAUUUACUAUUCCUAUGGCUCUGAGUGGCAUGUUGUUCGGCUUAUCGACAAAGACGAGGUGGAGCACAAAAGAACUAGAAUACGUACACUCCUGGGGACGCCUUCCUAGGAGAGCUCGAAUGUCGUGA